UUCCGUGUCAGUGCGGCGAGCCACAUCCAAACAGGCUCAAUUUCAGCCCCGUGGCCUUAUCUGUGGCUCCGUACAAGACUAGUUUUGUCAGCAUGGUGAAGAGACACCGUUGUGAAUAAUGGAUGACUUGGCGUUAUCGACUAGAUAUCUUAACUGUCAGUAAUCUUACACCGAGCCUAAGAUUUAUUUCCGCCCACGACGUCGAAGAUAAAAUGGAGAGGGACUCGACCGGCACUGCAGAAAAGACCGAGCCGGGUUCGCCUUUGAGGAAAAACAUUAGGGAAGACACCUGCGUAGCUAAUUCCCAUGGCUCCCGGGAUGAGACCUUAGGUGAUACUACUGAUGUCGCAAGAGCCAGGUGGACUCUACUGAGACAGGUGCUGCGACGGAAGCAGGUGGACACGCCUGAGGUCAAACAGGUGUCUGUUCGAAGGUUUGCCACGUUCGACCUUUUCAGCAGGAAAAGGCUUGUGAUGCAAGAAGACCCCAGUGAUACCUCAGAUGACCAGUGGGUGGAGUACAGAAGUGUCUACUUUCCUGAGUACAGUGCCUUUCUCAGGGAUAACCUAGGCCCUCUGAGAGUUAAUGAAGUGCUCAACAGCUUUGACAACACCGGUAAUGUCUGUGUGUGGCCGUCUGAAGAGGUGAUGGCUCAUUACUGUCUGCAGAAGCGUCACAUUUUCAAGGGUGCAGUGUGUGAGUUGGGAGGAGGAAUGACUUGUCUUGCUGGGCUCAUGGUUGCCAUUUGUGCUGACGUGAAAGAAGUUCUGCUAUCAGAUGGGAACGAGAAGUCCAUUCAGAAUGUACGAGGGCUGGCCGAGAGUAACAGGCAAGCUGGGAAGUUCGGGUCAACAAAUGUUUCUGCCAGGGUGGUCAGGUGGGACUGCGAGUUGGAUAUUUCUUCGCUAGAGGGUCACUUUGACAUUGUCAUGUGUGCAGACUGUUUGUUUCUCGACCAGUACAGAGCCUGCCUGGUUGAUGCUAUAAGGAGAUUACUGCAACCCAACGGCAUGGCGUUGGUGUUUGCUCCACAGCGUGGUGAAACUUUGAGACUGUUCUGUCAACUGGCCCAGCAGAGUGGCCUCUACGUCUCUCAACACCAGCAGUAUGAUGCUCAGGUCAUGGAUGUUCACUUAAAGAUGCUGAGGGAGGGAAAAGAAGCCUAUGAUGAGAACAUCCACUACCCUCUCCUCAUCACCCUGAGCAAAGGACCUCAAUCUGUCAGCCACGCUCAGUAAACCAAAACAAGUGAGGCCUCCACUCUGCACAGCGCGAUACGGUUUGAAACAGAUUGAUGCCAUGGAGUCGUGUCAUCGACGAGAUCCACAAGUGAUCUCAAGAGGAGGACAACUUGCACUGAAGGAGCAGUAUUAAAAAAACAAAUAGAGUAGAGUUUGUCUUAAAGUUUAGUGGCACAGGGAGCAAAUCAAGUUUGUGGUCAUACUCGAGACAUUUUUCACACCUGAUGCUGGCCACCGAGAGGAUUCAUCGUCAGACGGCGCAUGGCUUCGGACAGUAUCUGAGCGUGCAUGUUUUGUAGUUUGAAGUAUUGACGAGGAACGACCUAAUUUCCAAAACAGCGCGGGUGAGAAGAAAGAAAAGAACAGGUGGAUACAUUUUGAACCGAGUAUUUUUAACCAUCUGUCAUGCCAAAUAAUUACAGUCAAGUCUCCGAGACACUCAGCCCUUUAAUCAGUUGACCUAACACUUAAUCACUGCUUUAAUCAGCCAUCCAAGAGAGUGAACCAACAUUGCCAAACAGUCAUCUGGCUGACCAGUCCAGCAACUAGUCAGUAUUCGGUUAUCUAACCCACUAAAAUCUGAGUUAAUCUGUCAUCAUACCAGCCAUGAAAGUCAGUCAGUUGUUUUGUCAUUUCACUUGUUGUUCAAUCAGUUGGCUUCAUGAGCGUUUCCUCAGUCGGCCCUACUGAGUAUGUGAGCCCCCUUCAGCCAGUCAGUAUUAACCUCUGCCACUGUGUUUCUGGCCCCAGCAUGGAGGCCAGCUCUAAUUCAUUAACUAUUACAGACUGUGGAGCAGCUCAGUUUCCUGUGCGUUUCCUUCUUCCCCCUCUCUAAUUUCUUCUAAUACAACCCAUUCAUCCCAGCCAGAGGUCACUAAUGAUAAGUUCUUUUGUGCAUUUCUUACAAUAGUACAUUAACACGUCGAAGCCCUUUCAGAAAUAAGGAGCAGUUGUUUCUGCCCGGGAGCUAAAAGCUAGCGUAUUCCACGGCCACAUCGCCAUGGAAACGAAUAAUCUACUGUAUAUCACAUGAUGUAAUUUGAUUUUACACAGCCUUGGUUUUAUAAUCUGUGUUUGAACAGGGUAAUUUGACCUCCUGGUCGCCUCAAACGCCUGCUGCUUGAUUUGUUAACAAACAAAAAAAAAAAAGUCGCCACUGAUGUAAUUGUAGAAUAGAUCCAUUGUUUCUGCUUCCAUAACUGCACUGACGGCUCUGGAUUUCGAACAUAGUUAGUAAAAUAAGUGCUGGUGAGUCUGUUUAAAUCACCAGCGUGAAUCCUACGUCAAUUUACUUAACAUUUUUUAGAUCUUGUGGCAGCUACUAAAUGCAUAAUGAAUCCUACUACUCCAAGUUACUAACAAAUGACCCCAAUACUGUGGAAUAGAUUAGAACAUGUAUGAUAUCCCAUACAGAGCAGGCUUUCUUUAUCUAUUUUUUUCUUUAAUUUUGUUUUUUCUGUGUGUACCCCCAGUCUCCACUUGCUCAACAAAUCUCACGUCAAGUUAAUCUUAAAGUUGCUGUAUUGUCUCCCGUGGAAGGAACUGGUCUUGGAUUAAGGGAUACUACUGCAUCGAUCCCGACAUUACAGUUACACAUUAAUAAGAGCACAUGGGCAAAGAUUACCUGAGAUUAAAACCAGGUGAAAUCCUGCAUUUAUCCUGGGUCUGAUUUCACUCCAGGAGCUGCCCAUUAAUAAGUUUAAAGAAUAAGUCAACCCAAAAAAUUUAAAUUCAGUCAUUAUCUACUUGCUUCCUUGGCUGGAGCUGCAGCAAAACAGGGUUGCAGCAUGUUCCUAAACAGCUGAAGUGAAUGGGGACUUGCUUUAAACUGUAAAAAAGAAAAAAAAAAUGUACAUCUUGUUUUCCGUUUUCCUAUCAACACAGAUAAGUGUUUCGCUCAGGUCUUUUCCCCUCCGUUCUGCUGUUCUUGUGGUAUUAAGGAAACGCCAAGUGUCAGUGGGUCACUAAACUUGUACCUAUCACUUGUGAGGUGUUUCCAUAUUUCACUGUGAUCCAUUGCUGUACACAACAGCCAAGAAGCUAUGCAGUAUCUCUCGGCGGCUGCUGUUCACGUUCCUCGUGUUGAAGAAUAUAAUCCAACUUCUGAAGUAAGAGGUGUUCCCUGUGUGCAACUACUCAGAAAAAGUAAAUUAAGCCAGUUUUAUCAGUGGUCUCAAUGCUUUGAGGACUUAAAUUGCAUUGCAAAGGUUUAGAAGUGUAUUUAAUUACAUUUUUAUCUGUAAUGCAGUUUGCCGUAAAACUUCGAUAUCCGUCGGCUAACACAGAAACACCAUCCGAACUGUGACUCCAUCGCUGUCUAGUGUGACGUCGCCAUCACUGUGACAGUGAUGUCAUUCGAACAAUGCAUUGUUUACUGUGACAUCUGCACUGCGUGGCUGCUUCUUCCAACAUCUCUGCCUUUAUCUGUGGCAAAAAAAAAAAAGUCUCCACCCGGUGCACCCGCGAUCUGCUGUGAUGUUUUUCACAAGUGAUGUCGUCACUUCUUGUUGUGAUAUUAGUGCUGUACGCUUGGACACUUACCACUUCUCACUGUGACAGUCAAGGAACCACUCAUCGUCAGUGCUGUUCAGAGAGGCUCAUGUGCUCUUUAUUUUGGAUUGCUUACUAUUAAUAUUUAUGGUGAGAAAUCCGACAGCUGUGACCAAAAAGACACACAGAGCUGUGAUGCUGCCGGGGUUUCUGUUACCUGAUCUGUUGUCCAACAUAUUUUAAUCUUUCUGAUCAUAACAUCGGGUGAGAAUGAUUCCCACUAAGCACAUGAAAUAGUACUAAAUUUUAAACAAGUGAUACCGGGGGAAGAUAGUCGAUUUUGGAGUCUUAAUACAGAUUCUUUGGGUUUGUGAUUGAGGGCAUCAGUAGUAUUUGUGAACAUGUGACCCAGCGCCAUUUUUUUUAUUUUAUUUUAACAGAAACCCUGGUUCUAGCUGAGAAUCACCUUGGGCAAACGUCGUACAGGAUUGCUCUACUGUAAGAUUUAUGUCACUGUGUUCUGGAAUGUCUCAGCUGGGUUAUUAUUUUGAUUAUCAAACAUAAUUCUUAGAAUUGCAUUGUAGGUCAUGUCAACACUAAUCCAGACCAGUUGCACAAAUUGGAUCAAUUUUUCUCAGUUUUUGAUUUUCUUAUGUUCUGUUUUUUUCCUGUAAUUUCAACCCCCAAAACAAACAUUUUCCAAAAGCAAAACAUUUUUUAAAAAAUCCAGUUUGGGUCAAAACAAAGUUGCUCGUGCAGCGCUUUUAAAAAUAUUGAUGAACAACUGUCAUGUGAUCUGUGCAUGAGCUGAUAGAAAUAACUGUUUUUGUAAUAUUAUUUUGGGUUUUGACACAAGAAAUAUAAAAAUCUGUAUACUUCAGUUUGAUUUUUGAUGUAUCUGCUUUUGUGUCGACAUGGCCUCAUGUAGUGAUUCUGUCUGUUCAGUUUUCACUUUCCUUCUGCUUCACUAUAAUCAGUGGGUUUAUUGUUGUAUUUUCAGGUUACGGGUGGGUGAUUCUUUUUGUGAAUGAAUGAAAAUAAAAACAUUUUCUUGAAGAAA